AAGAGUUGACGUUUGGCGGGAACUGUGAGCUAACAUGUGGUCACUGUUUCAACGGAGAAAUCUGUGAUCACGUGAACGGCACGUGUCCUAGUGGGUGUGCCCCGGGCUGGACAGGGACUAUCUGUGAUCAAAAAUGCGAAGAAGGGUUUUUCGGUCUAAUGUGCAAGGAUGAAUGCAGUCCACAUUGUGUGAAUAAGCAGUCAUGUGAUCACGAGAGCGGGGCCUGUGAGGGCGGGUGUACGAACGGAUGGAUCGGCGAGAGGUGUACGGAAGCUUGCUCGAAUGGUACAUUUGGUGAAGGAUGUAAGCUCAAAUGCGGGCACUGUUAUGGAAACAGUGCUUGCGAUCAUGUUAACGGAAGUUGCGUAAGUGGGUGCGCAUCAGGAUGGACUGGGACUGUGUGCAACAAAAAGUGUCCGGCAGGUUACUUUGGAAUCAUGUGUAAAGACAGAUGUAGUCCGAAUUGUCGUAACCCCUUGACCUGUGAUCACGAGACAGGGCGAUGCGAAGACGGGUGUACAGAUGGAUGGAUUGGAGAGAAAUGCACCGAAGAGUGUGGCAGUGGAUACUUCGGUAAGGGGUGUGAAAAUACGUGUGGGCGGUGCUCCAACAAUGACGUAUGUAAUCACGUGGACGGUUCCUGUCCAGACAGCUGUUCCGCGGGAUGGAAGGGACCGGAUUGCAAGGACGGCAAGUUAUCAGAUUUUUUAUACUACAUUGUUCAUUUGUUACAUUAA